UAAAAAUAAUAUCUCAGCCGUACAUUUUCGAGUCUUGACAAAUCAUAUAUCAGAAAAAAUGUCUAGUCUAACCGUUCCAGCAGAUGUUCCUUCAGUUAAUGAAGACUGUGAACAACUUCGAUCUGCCUUCAAAGGAUUGGGAACAAACGAGAAGUUGAUUAUACCAGUUUUGGGUCAUAGAAGUGCUGCUCAACGUAAAUUGAUUAGAGAGACUUGUGCUGAGACUUUUGGAGAAGAUCUCCUUAAAGAAUUGGACAGAGAACUUACCAAUGAUUUUGAGAAAUUGCUGGUAGUGUGGACACUAGAUCCUGCAGAGCGCGAUGCUCAUUUGGCUAAGGAAGCUACUAAGAGAUGGACAAAAAGCAACUUUGUUCUUGUGGAGAUAGCUUGUACCAGAUCUCCUAAAGAACUGGUUUUGGCAAGGGAAGCUUAUCAUGCUCGUUACAAGAAAUCUCUUGAAGAGGAUGUUGCUCAUCACAGUACUGGGGAUCACCGCAAGCUUUUGGUACCUCUUGUGAGCUCCUACCGAUAUGGAGGAGACGAGGUGGACUUGCGCCUUGCUAAAGCAGAAGCUAAAGUUCUCCACGAGAAGAUCUCCGAUAAGGCUUAAAGUGAUGAUGAGGUCAUUAGAAUUUUGCCCACAAUCUUAAAUCUUUCACACA